AUGAGCGAUCAAAACGGAGACAUCGAGAUGACGCGCGGGGCUCAGCCGAGCCCAUUCCACACUUACAUACUAAGCAAUAAAGACAUUGGGGUCGAUAAACUAGACCUUGACGAUAUUUAUGCUUCAUUGCUACCAGCAGUUUACCGGGACGCACACGAGAACCUCAUUGAUCCAAGUGCUUCCGAAACAGCUAUGCUCGAAUGUAUCGAUAAAGAGCUCAACCUCAAGCGUCUAGCCGAUGUUCAUGAUUGGCUUUGGCUUGCCGGCAGACCAAUGCCACCGCGACCGCUGCACUACCAGAACUUGCUUGGCCGCCAGAUACAAGUCACUGAGCAAAUGGGUAUGCAUCUCAUCUGGCAGAAGUCCAAUAGUCUGAAUCACACCUAUACCGCGAUUUCUCAUGGAACCUCGAUUCUGGCAGGAAUGUCUACAUUGCAAACCACUAUCUCCUAA